CUCCUACUUAUACAAGUCUUCCUCUUCCUUGAGAUAAGACCAUAUAAUAAAUUAAAAAGCAGGAAAGAAAAAGCCGGCAGAGGCGAUUUGAUCUCAUCGCCGGCGAUCUUCUCCUUCCUUCGCCACGCGCCCUUUCCCUGCAUCUCCCCAGUUACAGGAGCGGUAGAUCCAUCGGUGGUCAUGUCGUCGAUAUAUGGAGAAAUUACCAUUAACGACUUUGAGACACUGCAGACAUUGGAUGGUUCCGCUUUAAAAGAGUUUCAUGAGUUCCAGGAUUUUUGGCUUGCUUGCGCCGAGCGCCACAUGAGCCUGAGGCCCAAGUCACCGCCCCCCGAGGAGCUGAUGAAGCGCAAACAAGAGCGUAAGCGCAAGAGCUUGGUUGUAGCGCUCCACACAUAUGCCAAGCGAAACAAUAUGCAGAUUACUGACUUGGAAUUUGUGGAAGAGAAAGAAAGGAAUCUAGUUGGUGGAGUUGCAGCAGGAUAUGUGCAUUCCAACUUUGUUGCAAAAGGUGUGGAUGGCAAACCCACUUUGUUCUUUGCUGAGAUGCUUCAUGGUUGCUUCUUGGAAGAGCAUGUUAUUCUCUGCACUCCUUUGGAAGAUACGGACUCUGGUUGUUGUUUUGGGUGCAAUCAGCAUGCAAGGAAGCUCAGGCAUCCCACAUGUGGUGGCUACUUGGGUGGACUCCAGGAUGUGCCGUUUCCUUACGUGGAGGAGGACAGUGAUGAUGAUUGCUUUCUUGAUUGAAUCUACAAUAUAUGUUUCCAACAAGACAGAGCUGCAAUAUGCUGAGUGCGUAAGGAGGAGUGCUUUGGUGACAGCAGGCUGUGACAAGUAGGGGCCGAAGCAUAUGUAUCUUUAUUAAUAGUGUUAUAUAAUAAUGUAAUGUGACUAGAAUCAUGCAUGUGACAAUUUCGUUUGAUGAUUUGUGGUAAUAAGUUAGAAUGGAGGAUGAUGUAUCAUUAUAAAUUGUUGUUUUACUGUUUCUUUUUGACCC